GCCUAUUGGAUCACUGCAUCUUCAUUUCCCUAUGAGUAAUCUUCCAUAGAAGGAUCACAAAGAAACACACGUGAGAAGGAUACUGGACAGGAAUCAGGAGCUAUACAUAUAUACGUGGACCUGGACGCUGGACGCUAGGAAACACACCCCUUCUUUCAAGUACUUUUCCUGUAAUGCCCAAAAAGCACAGGCAGACAUACCAACCCAAACCAGGCUCGAACUAUGUUCACCCCUCCCUCGGGGGUAGUCCUCGUCCCGGCGAGAAUGCCCAAGCGAAACCCGUCCUAUCCGUCAACGAGCGUCUCACAAACCUGAGAAUCGCACAAGCCUCGCCAGCUUCUCAAGAAAGGAAGCGUCAGCUAGCGGAACUUUCAAACCAAAGGUCAUUACCUCCAAAUCUUGGACAAGGCAUCUUGGGUCAAAGUGCUGUGGCAGCUCCGGCUCCAAGAAAUAGUGCUUCCUUGAGAUCAAGAAUUCGGCUGAGGACGCCUGGCCCUGCCCCUCCGCCUAGUUGGGUGUCGAGACUAACAAGUCAUAGACAAGCUCUAGAAACUCGUUAUUAUCCUGCUCCACGGCAAGCGAGAUCAUUUGGAAAGAAUGGCGGACCAACGAGGAUUCUACCGCAGGACUUGGCUCGAUUCUUGAACAUGGCUAACGAUAAUCCUGUGGUUCCUGGAAGCUUACUGGACAUGUCGUUGAAGGUAGCUGCACAAAACUGGUCAGACAUUGUAGAAGACUGCGCCGAGUGGCUGGAUGUAAUACCGACGCAUCUAAGAGUUGUCCUACUCAGCUACCUGACUAGUCUAGGACCAUCGGAAGGAGUCGACAUGGCUGGUCUCCAUGCGCUGUUUCCGAAUCCAUCAGAAGCCUCCUCUUUGGACCUUUCAGGCUUGGCUGGAUACGGAUUUACUAUCAAGGAUCUUCGGAAGUGGCUACACAAAUCUGCCGAGGAGUCCAAGGCCCAAACCGAGCAGAUUACUAACGAAGCGAACGACAUCGCGGACUCUUGGGACCAAGACGCCUCAUCAGACGAUAGCGACUACUCAAUUCCGGCGUCUCUCAACGACGGCACCCGGCACAUGACCAAGCUCUCACUAGCAUAUCCUCCGUCCUCAGCAUCCUGGGCAGAUCUCCUCUCACUCUCAAAGAACCUUCACACCAUCACUCACCUCAGCCUAGCACACUGGCCAUUUCCGACAAGGACUCCAAACAGCACAUCACCCUAUGCGUCUCUAGAUCGAGAUUUUGAAGAGCCAGCUCUAGUGCUCCGCAUGCUAGCCGAAAACACAUACUGUCUCCGCUGGCUCGACCUUCAGGGCUGCCACGACUGGCUCGCGGCUCUUACCCACCGCUCCUACGCUCUUCCUCUACAAUCCUCUAAAUCCGACGACAGCGACAACGAUUGGUCACAACAAACACAGCGUCUAAAAGGCCCAGAUUGGAAUGGAGCUUGGCGCCAUCUUACAUACAUCAACAUCGCUCAAGAUGCAACCAGUUGGUUCCCCGCCAACAACGCGUUUCUGAAAACGCCCACGUUUCGUCAAAAGAUGGCAAAGACAUAUUAUCGUCUAGGCGUAAAACAUCAACAGAUCAUCGAGGACUUGCGCGACUACAUCUCCGCUCACCCUGAGAAGAGAGAAUAUCAAGUCCAUCAUUGCAGUGAUUGUCAUGCUGCUGCUGAUCUUGGCGAUUGUUGGGAAGAGUGCUCGACUUGUAAUGCUUAUCAAGACAUGUUUGUGGGUUUGAUGGCGAGAUGGUUGGAAAGGGAAGCAGAAGCCAGAACGGUGGCUAGAGGUAUCAUUGCUGCUAGACAAGGUACGGGCGUGCGAUGUACUUUCGAUCAUGGAUGGCAGAGUCGGGAAAGUUAUCCGGUGCUGAAUUGGCCAUGAGUUUAUAACAAUUGCCACUCUGCCAGAAUAGACAGUCACUUGCACUUACAAUGUCGACUUUCAUGUCAUGAUACUACGACCCUAUAUGGCACCGGAGGAGUAUGGGUAAUCGAGAAACAAC